AGGCAUACUCGAUUGGAAGAGGCAGAUGAACCACUCGACCAGCAGGCUCGGCAAUAGCAAGGACAAGCUGUCCUCCAACGUGGGGCCCACCACCUAUGCCAUCAACAGGGAGCCCACUGAGCACCAUCUCCCAAUGUAUUCAGUGCCAAAAGAUCCGUGCGCCAAUUUCUUGGACAAGGCCGUGAAGGAUACUUACUCCGACCACAGGGCCAAGAAAGAGAAGCCCGGACCGGACCUGCGCACUACUACAAGGACGGCACCUUCAAGCCCGAGAAGGUGUCGCGAGGCCCCAUCGUGAAGAGCACGCUGCAACGAGCAGCGCUGUCAACAUACUUCUGAUGCCGUCUGACAGGCCGCGUAGAUGUCAGGCCGGACGUCGGGAUAGCGACAUAGCGAGGCAGAGAGAUGUAUGAAGAAGAGAGAGAGAGAGACACAGGCGCAGAGAGCCUCCGACUCCGGCCGCGGCGCGAGCGCACGGAACGACGAGGCUCCGGCUCGUCCCCAGCUCGGCCUCCACAGGGGGGGCGUCGGCGGCGGCGGUCGUCGCCGGAGGCGAGGAGCGCUGCACGCUGUGCGCGGUCGGCGGCCGCCGCGGCGAGAGGGCGCCGCGCGUCGGCGGAGCGGCUGGAGCCCUCAGCCUUCCCAGCGCCUCACCUCGGCAGUGGCAGGAGAGAUCGCCUGUAGGCUGACCCGCCGCGUGUCCAUGUUUUCCGUGGGGCGUUCGGAACCGGCAGCCGCGGCCCUGUUUUGUCCCCGUUCCCGCCUAGUCUUCCUCUCCCUUCGUGGAUCCCGGGUCCUUGGGUCCUCCCUCC